AGCUUUUUUAUUUAUAAAUAUACCAAAAAACGCCAAUACUCCAACCAUCCGGUCCCUAUUCUUUUAUUAUUUUAUACAUCUAUACCAAUAUCACCUGAACACCUUACCACCACAACCUAUCAACUCUUUAUAAAUAAAUAAUCCAAACACUUAUCUGUUUGACAUUUCCCACCACUACUAUUCUUUUGGUUUUUUAUGUUUGCACUUUCCAUUUAGUAAAUUUUCAACUAUUUUAUAUUUGCUCCAUAAGCAGUAUUGUUUUUAUUUAUAAUCCUUCCUUGAAAUUAUAAUUUCCUUAAAAAAUAAUAACGGUUUUGGGUAAAAAAAAAAUAUAAAUUGAAAAAUAAAUACAAAAUGUCGGAUAUUUUUAACAAUUUCGAUAGUAACGGUGCUGGUGGUGACGAUUCUCAAGAUAUAAUAAUGGCAUCACCAUCUCAAAGUAGCCCCAUGGCCAACAAUAACUCGAAUUCGACAGGAACAAGUGGAGGAGGAGCUGGUGCAUCCAAUACCAUGACAAAUAAUACAGGAUCUUCAUCCUCAUCGGGAAAUUCUACAAAUGCGAAUACAAAACCCUCAACAGGCCCCGAAAGUCAACCGGUUUUAACGAAGGCCCGUCUUCUGGAGUUGGUACGUGAAGUGGAUACAACAGCGCAACUGGAUGAAGAUGUUGAAGAGUUAUUGCUACAAAUAGCUGAUGAUUUUGUUGAAGAUGCUGUCAAGGCCACUUGUGCCUUUGCCAAACAUCGUAAAGUUUCUAAGGUCGAAGUACGCGAUGUGCAAUUACAUUUGGAACGGAAAUGGAAUAUGUGGAUUCCUGGAUUUGGUACGGAUGAACUAAGACCAUAUAAACGUGCUGCCAUUACAGAAGCCCACAAACAGCGUUUGGCUUUAAUACGAAAAACUAUUAAGAAAUAUUGAUCGAAACUAUACGUUUUUUUUUAAAUAUUUAUUAGUUUGUAAGAUUUAAUUUCGUGUAGGGAAAAUAAAUACAUAUUUUAUAGAAUUAAUAUUUAAAA